CCGGGCGCUUCCGUCUCCCUGCCCGUGGCCCAGUCUGUGGCCGUGGGGCCGAUCGGCUCGUCGGUCCCCAUGGCCUAUUACCCCGUGGGGCCGGUUUAUCCUCCGGGCUCGACGGUCCUCGUUGAAGGUGGCUUUGAUGCUGGAGCAAGGUUUGGGGCUGGAGGAACCCCCAGCAUCCCUCCCCCCCCUCCCGGCUGUCCCCCCAACGCCGCCCAGCUGGCCGUCAUGCAGGGAGCCAACGUCUUGGUGACGCAACGGAAGGGAAACUUCUUCCUGGGAGGCUCAGACGGCGGCUACACUAUCUGGUGAAGGAGGAGGAGGCGGGG